ACCCAUUCCACCACCUAAAUCCCUUUCUCCCACCUCAGUUACCCUCUUUCAAUUUCUUCAGAGGUAACCACGGGUGACUUUCUAUAGGCCAUCAAUCUGGGAUUGGAAUCAAAAAGAUUUUAAAAACCCAGAGAGUGACUAACCCUUACUAUAGCCCACUAGCUGCAAAAUGCUAUGCAAAAUGCAAAAGGGGUCCUCCCUUUUGAUCGUGCUAAUUGGAUUAAGCCUGAAUGCAAUAUUAAAUGCACCUGAGAAAGGAGAACAGAAAGAACUUGGGAGAAAGUGUGUAUCUGCCUGCAUAGGGGGAAAACACCAGCAACUAUUGUGGAUGCAGCUGUGGGCUGGCUUGGAAGAGCAAGCAAUAAUGGGCGAACCCAUGUCUCCAGUCCGCUUGGAGGUUUUGUCCCAGCUUCAAGCCCAUGGUAUUGUAGCAGAGUACAUUACGUACCCCCGUGUGACCUUAACCUCGUCCUCUCGCCUCUGUGUGAGGCACAGCCCUCUUGGAGACACCUCCCGGCACACUCUCACCCUCCUCGAUCCCCAUAUGUCUCCAAAGGAGGGUGACGUUCCUGCAAGUUGGACCAUACAUCAAGUGCAAGGGGCAUUGGCUAAUCCCAGUCGUCCACUGCUGGCUGUUAGAGCAGGGCAGCUGGCCCAGAUCUAUGAUGUGGAUCAGCGCUCCUUAAAAAACGAAUGGGAAUUUGCCCACCUUAUUGAAUACUGGGUAUGGCUGGAUGCAGACACCUUAGCUGUGGUAACUGAGGAAAAUGUGUUCCACUGGACUGUGAAACGUACCAGACCAAGAUGGAAGUUCAGCCGACAUGAAAGACUCUGUGGCAUGGAAAUUGUAGGCUAUCACCGGGAUGCCAAUCAUGUGUGGAUGGCUCUUUCAGCUUUAAAACUUGAGCAGGGCCAGGUUGUGGGUCUGACCCAGCUGUAUUGGAGAGGGGGUUCCCUGUCUCAGGUCAUAGAAGCCCAAGCAGUGGCUUUGCCACAGCACAGAUUUUCCAGAAACCCCAAACCUUCAACUGCCCUCUUGGCUGCUGUGCGAAGAGGCAAGGAACGAAUGGGACAGUUCCAUGCGGUAGAGCUUGGCCCACAUCAGGCAGGGAAUGCUGCCCUGCUCAGUGCCCGUGGCACCUUGCCAUUUAAGGGGCCUUGGCUGGGAGACUUCCCCAGUACUGUACAGUUCUUGGUUCACUUGGGUGUGGCCGUGAUACUUACCAAACAUGCCUUCCUGUUCCUUGCGGAUGUUGAGACAGCUCAAACCAUCCAUUGCAUCCAGCUGACCUGUGACAUCAUUUUUGCUACUGUAAUUGAUGAUGAUAGACCCCAUAGCCUUCUGGGAGUCUGCCGUAGUGGCAAGGUCCUCUCUAUUUCUGUUUGCCCCUGUGCCUUGCGACAAUAUCUCUCUCACCAUCCUGCCAGCCUUUCCCUUUCCCAACGAGUACUGAAACUGGUGGGUGAGACAUCUUCUCAACGGACAUCCAUUCCUGUGGAGUGAAUUGUGACCCAAAUAUUGAGGACCAGUUAUGACUACAGUGGUCACUAACAUUUCUUCUAGCCUUUGUGGACUUUCUUGGGUUUGUGGAAAGGGAAAGGCAGAUGAAGGGUGAGGGGUUAAGGGGUAGAUUCCCACAGUAAAGGUGGUUAGUGUGGAACAAUGGGCAAUGAAGCACCAAUCCUGCUAAGCUGGUGCUAUGUAGCAGAGAAGAGGCAUAGAUAUUACUAUGAAGACAGAGAACUGUUGAAACACUGAUUUUGACUCAUUCUUAUCUUGUAUAUUGUGAAGAUUUUAUGAGGGGGGAAAAAAGUAUAAUGCAAGGGUUAUAUUUAUGUGCCAAAGGAGGCUUAGAAAUUUCGGGAUGAUUUUUGUAUCCACUUUCUCUGGUCUAACAUUCCUGUCUAAAAGGGGGACUGGGAGCUGGCAAAGCAACUGUGUUCCUUAUUUGUGGGGAAUGCUGGGUCACUUGUGAGGUAUAAAAAACAGUUUCUAGCUAUAAACCUGCCCUUCCCAUCUUUUGUAUCAUGACCAGUUGACUCAUUGCUUUGGAUAAUAAAAAGAAAUUGAAUUGGUAAUUCA